GGUGACCGGUGCUCCGGGCGCUGUAUCCCAGCUGCGGAACAAUGGCGGGGGCCGCAGGCUGCUUCUCGGACGAGCAGUUCCGGGAGGCCUGUGCGGAGCUCCAGCAGCCGGCACUAGCUGGGGCAGACUGGCAGCUGCUGGUGGAAGCUUCAGGCAUCACCAUCUAUCGGCUGCUGGACCAGCCAACCGGACUUUAUGAGUAUAAAGUCUUUGGUGUUCUGGAAGGUUGCUCACCAGCUCUACUUGCAGAUGUCUACAUGGACUUAGACUACAGAAAACAAUGGGACCAGUAUGUGAAAGAGCUCUACGAGAAGGAAUGCGAUGGACAGAUGGUGGCAUACUGGGAAGUGAAGUACCCUUUCCCUCUGUCCAACAGAGAUUACGUCUACACCCGCCAGCGGCGAGACCUAGAUGUGGACGGGAGGAAGAUCCACGUGGUCCUGGCCCAGUGCAUACCUGUGCCUCAGUUUCCCGAGAAGUCCGGGGUGAUCCGAGUGAAGCAGUACAAGCAGAGCCUGGCAAUUGAGAGUGAUGGCAAGCAGGGGAGCAGAGUUUUCAUGUACUACUUUGAUAACCCGGGUGGCCAAAUUCCGUCCUGGCUCAUUAACUGGGCAGCCAAGAAUGGAGUUCCAAACUUUCUGAAAGACAUGGUGAAAGCAUGUCAGAACUACCUCAAGAAAACCUAAGAAAGAGAAUGGUACCUGGCAUCCAUGAAGGACAUCUCCAGAUGUGCCACACCAAGUGAUGCUCAGCCUUCUUCUUCAGAGGUCUACACGUACCCCAGGCAUGCCUGCCCUUGGCUGGCUCAUCUGCUGCCUUCUUUCCCGCUGGUCCUCCUGCAGGCCUGCUCCCUUCUUCCACUACUGAGUGGGAGGCCUGUGCUUGUUUAUUUUUAAUCUGGGAAAUCCUCAGUGGGGAAUACCAUUGUGCCAUUUUUAGGGGGAUAGGUGAGAGGAGGAAGGAUGAGAAAACGUAAGAGUGGUCCUUCCCAGAAAGCUGGCUUACUUCAAUACUCUUUCUUGCAACUGGAAGACUUGGAUUUUGGUCCAUAGUUGACCUUCCAUGUUCAAAUACUGGAGAUACAGUGAUGUACGUUCUCUUUAUACUUUGUUGGCUUGG